AUGACAUUGUUACAAUAUAUAAGAAAGGCCAAAGAGAACACACUGAAAAUUAUCGGCCAAUCUCACUGCUACCAAUCCUUUCGAAAGUUUUAGAACGCUGCGUUUUCUUUAACAUCAAAGAUCAUCUGUUCCAGCUGAUCCAGAAACUGCAACAUAGAUUUAUUUCUGGUAAAUCAUGCGUUACUAACCUCUUGGAAGUCCUGGACUACAUCGGCUCGGAAUUAGAUAAUGGCGGUCAAGUAGAUGCUAUUUACUUGGACCUGUCAAAGGCUUUUGACAAAGUCAGUCACUCAAGACUUAAACAAAAGCUGCGUAUGGCUGGAUUUGGCGGCAACCUCAUCCAAUGGUUCGACUCCUGCCUCACGAAUCGCCAACAACGUGUAACUGUACUUGGAGCCACUUCUGCCACCCUCCCACUUACUUCAGGUAUUCCUCAAGGCUCCAUACUUGGUCCUGUCCUCUUUGCCCUGCAUGUCAACGAUCUUCCUGAUGCUGUGAAAUUCAGUCAAGUUGCAAUGUUCGCAGACGACACAAAACUGUUUUCAACCAUCAAAACUAAGAACGACUGCGAACAGACGACAGAUCGGAACUAA